AUGCGUCUGUCUGAUGUGUUGCUGGAUGGGCAUGGAGUCGGGCCUGUGUUGAAACCGAAGGACUUGUACCUCCUCGAGGCGGAUCUUGAAAUCCAUCCCAUCCUUGCACAAAAGUACGACCCAUUUCGGCUGGAGUGUAACCUAAUGACGGGUCAAUCUCCUACAGGUCGUUGUGUAGGUAUCAAAGGAGGAGACCGCGAUUUAGCGUUUACGAUGAAAGAUGAGAGUGCGACGUUACCACGGGUGACGGAAUUGAUGAUCAUCUCGCGGGCGAAAACGGCUCCUUGGUGUACGAUUGUGAGGAAUGAGAAGGGUGUGACGUUGGCGGAUGUUUGUGGGACUUUGUGGAAGGAGUAUACGGAGAAUCCGUUGACGGAAGCAGAGUUCAAUCUACUCAACCCACGUGAUAAGGAUAAAGUACAAAGACUUGCAUUGAGGCGCGAGUCAGAUGGGUUCGCGAGUGGGUUAUCGGGGAUGUGGGGUGUGGGGAAUGCGGUGGGGUAUGCGAGAUGUCGGCGGAUCGACUGCCUAUUUGGAAAAGUGUACUUUGACGGACUUGAAAGAGACGAUGACUUGGCGAAGGAGAAGUUGCGAUUCGUCGCGCCGAAUGUGUUUGUGUUGAGGGUGAGCGAGUGA